CACCGCAGCCAACUCCGGCCGAACUCAGCGAAGUGACAAUGCAAUGCUAACGGUAUUGUUGUAGCCGGAUGAUGCAGUUUUAGUUCGACAACUACCACCAGCAUGGCUGCACCGAUGGGUCCUGACUCGCAAACGGCAUUCUGUCCGAACUGCAAUCAAAGCAUCCAGACAAAUGUGGAGCAAAAGGCGACAACAAAGACUCACAUCUUGGCCUUGGUGUUGUGUGUCUUUGGACUAUGCCCCUGUGCCUGUUGCCUCUAUUGCACCGACUGUGCCCGCAAUGCCGAACACUACUGCCCCCUGUGCAAUGCCUUCUUGGGGGUCUAUGAGCGAUAGAAAGUGUGAUUUUUUAGAUUUUAAUUUUAAAUUAUUUUUUGAAAUAAAUAAAAAGAUUUUUUCGCUGUUGGUAUUUAUAUUUAGGUAUGUAAGAAGCUUUGAGAGCACCACAAA